AUGAAGACAAUUCUCUCGUCGGAAACCAUGGAUAUUCCGGAUGGAGUGAAGAUCAAGGUGAAGGCAAAAAUGAUCGAAGUGGAGGGUCCUCGGGGCAAGUUGAUUCGGAAUUUCAAGCAUUUGAAUCUGGAUUUCCAGUUGACUACCGAUGAGGCUACUGGGAAGAGGCAAUUGAAGGUCGAUGCCUGGUUCGGGUCCAGGAAGACGACCGCCGCCAUCCGCACUGCGCUUAGCCACGUUGAUAAUCUGAUAACCGGUGUUACUAAGGGAUACCGUUACAAGAUGCGGUUUGUAUAUGCUCACUUUCCGAUCAAUGCUUCGAUCGCUAAUGGCAACAAGUCCAUUGAGAUCCGUAACUUCCUUGGCGAGAAAAAGGUGCGGAAGGUGGAUAUGCUUGAAGGGGUUUCAAUUGUCCGUUCCGAGAAGGUCAAGGAUGAAUUGGUUUUGGAUGGGAAUGACAUUGAGCUUGUUUCUCGAUCUUGUGCGUUGAUAAACCAGAAAUGCCAUGUCAAGAACAAGGAUAUCCGGAAAUUCCUUGAUGGUAUCUACGUCAGUGAGAAGGCAACCAUCGUUGAGGAAGAAUGA